AGCCAUUUUGGCUCAAGCCAUUUUGUUUCAGGCGAAGCGGUUUUGAUUCUACGCAUUGAUUUCGUUUGCAAAUUUUGUUUCAUACAAGGCAGUGCAACAUCUGAAUGCUGUUUGAAAGUAAUCAGCGUUCGGGCAUUGAGGCAUGGGUCUGCGGAGCUGGUGGCACUGCUUUUGCCAUUAUCAGUGCCGCAUCAAUGUGUGCAAUGUACCUCGAGCUUUCAUGCACGGACGGGCUGCAGCCGAAUCCGCUCUCCGACCAGUUUCUGGAUAAGCAUGCGCGCGUUCAGGAUGAACCGCAGCCGCUGGAUCAGCAGGACGUACGUGCUGAUGAAAUACGAUAUUUGAAGAAACGUCUUGCCACAUUUACACAACUUAUCGCUUACGACGCUGGUAUCUAUCUGGGGCCUCCCAACUCUGUCCUUGCAGCGCAACGGUCAUUACAGAAUGGUGCGACCAGUCUCGGAGUCGAUUUGAGCCUCACGCAAGAUGAUAAGCUUGUUGGUGCCCACAGCUCGACUGAAUGGAUUGCAAAUUCUGGCUUCCCAAAGCGGGCGCAAGAUUUGAUGGACGUUAGUUUUGAACAGGUGGAGUUAUCACCAACGUGUGAAACGUUUGAACAAUUCUUCUUGUCAAUUGGGGUACCAUCUUCGGAACUGGUUGGCCUUCAGGCUUGCGAGCGCCAAAUAAUUAAUACGGUUGAAGAUUUCUUUGAUGCGUUUCCAGGUAUCCCUAUCAUUUUUGAUUUGAAAGCAAGUUCUUGGGAAUUGCAGCGGAGACAGGUUACUAUUCUGCACGAGUUGUUGUAUCGAAAAUAUCCUGAGCGACGUGCAGAUGAUACGCUUACUUCAUUACGGGUGUUUGCUUUUCCAAACCAAACCAAUCCCGCAGAUUAUCCGUAAGGAUUGGUUCGGGUCUUCAACGCUGCCUUUCACAUUCAGUCUCGGGGUACCCGCGCCCGGGGGGGGGGGCAAGCGAAACAAUAUUGAGACACUCAGUCGCAUUCUCACAAGCAGUACAGCCUCUCAGAACGGGAAACUUCAGAUAUUCUUGACACCUUCUGAAUUGGCAGCUAGUUCUCGUUUCUUCCAGUUUGUUGGACAGGUUGACAUAAUUUGUGAUUUGGCCGUUCACGAGCUCGAUGGAGAGGCUCAUGCAAUUCAUAUAUCACAUUACCGAGAUCUGAACUCUUGGCAAAGCGAUUUGCAAUCUUGUGUUGAAUUUGGUGUUGCAGCUGUUCAUACUUCGAGAAUUGAUUUGGUUUUGAAGACAUUGAUAAAAUGGUCAGUUAGGGCGAGGGAAAUUUCGCCAGCUGGGCCAGCUGCCAGCCUGAUCAGCCCCCUGGCCGAGAACAUGUUACCAAAAGCAUUUUGGCCAGAAGCGCAUGGUAGGUGUGUUUUUGCUGAGCGUGGGUCAGACCCUGGUCCAAGUUUAGUUCUGUUGAGCCAAAGCGACGCAUCACACCAGACGCAGAGGUUCGCAGUUGGCCCAGAAGUUGCGAACAGAAGCAUGUGGAUGCGUUGUGCCGGGAAGUUUGCCACGGCCCUCCUGGUGUUACGACUCGUGGAAAUCGGCAAACUCCCAGGGCUCGAUGAGCCAAUUGUUGAGUUUCUUCAAUUACAGAAAGUGGAGAACCAUUCAGUACUGCAGCGAUUGACGUUGCGGCAUGUCAUGGCAGGCGUGGGUGGCUUACCCUACUGGCACUGGACGCCUGACUGGGUGAAAAAACGAAUCAUGCCAGCGCGCCGUAUAUGUGAAGAGGCACUUCGCAAGGUAAGCCCCGCAUUUGUUCUGGGCUCCCGAUUUCAAUAUUCCAACAUGCAGUGGGCAAUCGUAGAGCGUGCUGUCGAAGUUGCAACAGGCUGGAGCUUCCCCGAUGCAGCUCGCCGGUAUUUGUUCGAUCCACUCGGCAUUUCGAAUCGAACGUAUUAUCAGUCUGAGACACUGCCUGCUUGUUCCCAGAGUGUUUCAACGCGAGUUUAUGAGAUCAAUUUGCGGGCGGGGAUUGGUCUUUGUUCGAUUGCCGCGGAUAUGUUUCUUCUUGGUGAAGCCGCCCGUACCGUUGGAUUUCUGUCGAUUCGCGGAGUGCAAGAAGUAGUUAUGGAUCAAUUGCGCCAUAGAUUUCCCGCCGCGAUUCCGAGUUUCCUGAACAAUGCCCCAGUAACAGAUUUCACUGCAAAUGGGAUAGAAUGGUCUGGCCGAGGGUUUGCUGGCUACUACUGGGCAGACGAAUGGCUUGUGGGCUAUGGCGGGCCAGAAGGAUUCUGGGGUCAGAAGGUUCUCUUACGCGUCAGGAAUGGACUCGGAUCAGGGCCACUUCUGGUACAGUGGGUUUCUACACCGCAUUCUAACAAGAGCGCGCAAGAUUUUGCCAGGAGCGUGUUUGAUUUAUUCAUUGCUGCACCUGACAGAUUUGGCUCCUCAUUGCCAGAUUGCCAAACAGGCGCUGGCAUCAGUGAUUCAAUUGCAAUCCGGAAUGUCGCGGCAGAAGUGUCCAACUCGAGUUACAAAACAAGAGCGGAGGAGGAUGCACUAGUGCCAGAGUGCAUGUACGCAAGAAGAACGUUGGAGCCGCUUGGCGAUCACCCAGUGUGCAAUCGUCAACAUUUGCGUGGAGACUCCCAGUCCAGUGAUUAUCAAACAAUGGCGGAAUGGGCCGAGACCACGAUCGAUGUAAUCGGGCUCCGUGCCGAGCCACAUAAUGUCAAAGAGUUUCAGCUGAGCGCGCAGAUGUUGAAUGAGGGGCUGAGCAAGAAUUGUCGGCUCGAAGGGUGGCUUAAGAAAUUGGUGAAAUGGCCCAUCGACAAACAAUGGAUUGAUAUAAAGAACCAACCAUCGUCGAGAGUGCGAGAUGUGUACGAGUAUGCGCGUUGUGGGAACGGCCUUGGGGCCACAUGUGACAGAGACGUGAAACAUGUGACAGAAGCGUGUAACCGUUUGGCCGCAGCGUCGAUUGCAUGGAAAAUGCGGAGUGGUCUCACAAAGGAGUAUCCCGACGUGCCGAGCAUGCUCGACAUUGUUCGGCAGCACCACUAUUGGAUGGAAGUUUAUUAUGGCAAGAAUCGCCUGGCACCAAGGCCUCACUUGCUUACACAGCCGAAAAGAAAGGGGCAGGAAUAUUGUUACAUGUUUCCGAAGCCAAGCAACACGCUUUGCCGAGGAGGACUGGCUCAAUAUCACGCCUUGGCGUCAGAAUUGGAGGAUCUUCUUCCAGGCGGGCGAAAUCUAUGGCAUCACGAGUUUGCACUUUCUAGGGAUUUUACUGCUUAUCGUCCAUUACCUUCCCUCGCUGGAUUUGAUAUGAAUGCGAUCGCCAACGAGCGGAAAAUACUAAUAGUUGCUGGUGCUAAUGGCUUCUUCCGUGCACCCAAAGUUCUCAUGGACAUGUACCGCCCAUACUUUGAGUUCGAUCGAGUGGUACUCUUCGAGCCUGACUCGCAGGGCAUGAAUGUGCCAUCGCAUUAUAAUGCGAGCGGUAAUGUGGAGUGGGUUCAAGGUUUCGUGAAGGUCGCGUCAUGUGAUGCGUCCGACCUAAUCACAUACCUGAGUCACAAUGUUUCGCCAGAUGAUUUCGUUGUUGUCGUGUUCGACGUUGACGAUGAGCAUGCAGGCGCUAGCCAUAGUGCCACCAUGGAGUGGGGUUGGCUUGCAACUUUAGUGAAUCACGACAUUCGGCUCAUUGAUGAGCUUUACAUCGAAUUACACACGUACAAACCAGAAGGGGGGUGGUACCACGAUCGGCACAGUGCAUGGGAGCAAUACGAUGUCAUGCACCAGUUGCGGUACGUGUGCGGGGUAGCGGUCCAUGCUUGGCCUUGACGUAUGCAGAGUGUUGUUUUGGCUAUGAAGUGUUUCGCUGUUGGCGUUCGAUUAUUCAGCGAGGGAUCUGUUCGACGCCCCAGUAUGUGUGCCGUUCUCGCCAAUGCGCGUCAGGCUGCAAUGCUGGCUUGGCGAAUGGUCAGGAGGAAGGGGGGGAGGGCCGCGGACGGCGGAGGCGCCCUGUAGGCGUGAUGUAAUAAAUGCAGAGGGGGAGCGGGGUGGACGGAGUGGCGGGGGCUCGUUGCGCUCGGUGGGCAAGACCGCUCUCUUUCGCCGACGGCGCCUGCCGGCGGUGAGAUCCAUCGUCGAGUUUGAGCCGUGGAGCAGACCAAGCCUCCGGAGUUAUGUCGAUCCUUCUCCUGGUAGGCCGCCGGACGCUAGAGGAGGCAAGGCUCCCCUCCCCUCGCUCCCCCCCUUUCCCUUCCUGUUCGCUUUCCCACAUAAGGUGGGUGGUCUUCUCCUUGCCUCCAUUUUGUGUCUGGACAGAACACCUAGGCGACACAACCCGAAGGGAGGUGCCCAAGGUGCCUGCAUGAAUUCACGACAUUUGCGCGCACUUGGCUCACGCUUGUUUGCCGGUGCUUCUCCGGUGGAGGAGCCAUGGGCAACGGCUUCCAGCAGUUGGGCACUGAUGGACUGUAGUGUUGGAGGGGCUUGGUGGCGUUGUGGUUGGGGGAAAAAAAAAAACAGACGCAUUCACAUUUUUAUGGCUGGGCUCCAGUCGGCGCCUGAGGCUCAAUUAUUACCAGACCGGUCUGCGCGAG